UUGGCGGAGCCUUCACUCGGAGCCGUUCCCUCCUUCCUCCUCCUCCUCCCUGCCGCCCCCCGCGCCCGUGGCUGCCGCCUCAGGCACGCGUGUCUCCAGGCUCUGCAGCUGAGCCAAGCGGCGCGCCCCGGACGCCCCUCGCCCACCCGCCCGCCGGGCGCGCGCCGCGGGAGUCUCCCCGCACCCUCUUCUCCCGAGGACCGAGGGCCGGGCUCCGCCCCGCCGCCGCCGCCGCCCGCUAGCUUAAGCCGCCCGGGCCGCCGCUGCCCCGCGCCCCGGCGCUCCAGGACGCGCGGGGCAGCCGGGGGUGCGGGCGGCGAGCGCAGGGCAGAGAGGCGCGGAGGGGACGAAGGGGAGGGCCGGGCGGCGGGGGAGGGAGCGGGGAGCAGAGGCGGGCGCAGGAUCCCCGGCGCCCCGCGCGCUCGCUCGCGGUCUCCGGAGACGCGCGGGCCGCCGCCGAGCGCACUAGCGGGUCACCUUGCCCAGGAGCGCGCAGACCGGCGGCGGCUCGGCGCCGGGGUGAGUCCGGGCGGUCCGGGCGGCGGGACCGGGGAGGCGCGGGGUCGCCAGGCGCCCGGGAGAAUCGGAGCAAGCGAGGAAGAUGAGGAGGAAGGGGCCGGGCGCCGGCAGUCCGGGCUGCAGCCUGGCGCCUCGCCACCCCAGGCGCCCCGGCGGCGCCGAGGUGCCGCUGUGCAAAGUCGGAGGGAGCUGCUGAGAUCGAGACCCGGGAGCGUGGUGGAGCAGGGCUUCCCGGGCGGAGGAGGCGCGCGGCAGGCAUUGGCUCUGCGGGUCCGGGAGACCCCUUCGACCCUUCUGCGGCGUCAGAUGCGCUGGCGCCCGCCAGGCUCCUGGCCGGACUCCUGUCUGCGCCUUCUCGGCCGCGUCCUGGGUUCAGGUUCGGUGCGGCAGACACCGGCCGAGGGUUUGGCCGAUUUAGGGGCCGGGAUGUGUUUGGUCAGAGCCCAAAGGGAGCGGCUGCUGCGCUGCGCAGACCUGCAGCCCGUGGGCUGUAAAAUGAAGACGAUGCUUCCCCACUUCCUUCUUGGAAUUACUGUGAAAAUGCAAAUAAAGGAUGAAGUGGAGAGAGAACUUAGAAUGAAUGAGUCUCGCUUAAUGGCUGUGAGUCAGACCCUGAAGUCAGGCUUCCUGGAUGUGAUUCUGGCUCUGCUCAUAGGUGACGGCAUGAAGCAAGGUACUCAUCCUCUUGGUCCUUGUCAGUGGAAUGAAGAUAAUG